AUGAGGCUCCGCCCUGGCUUGAAGCACAAUUUCACGGUGCUGGUGCAUGCCCAUUUUUUCCAGAGGCUCUUCCAGCUCAAUGUCGAGCCAGAAGCGGAGGAGGUGCAAGCGUUCUUCGACAACUUGUCGGAGAAUUAUGUCCGUGACGAGCCGCUACUCAUCCGCGACACCACCAAGGAGGAGCUGGACUACAUCGCCGCCAGGGCGGUGGAGGCGGCGCUCGCCAAGGAGGCUGGCAGCGUCGCAACCGUAAAGGACAAGGCUGACACGGCUGCAGAGGAGAAAGAGCUAGCCGGAUGGGCGGAGUCUGUUGGGGAGGCCAGCAGCGUCGGCGCCGGGUCCCCCCUCGUUGAAGACGUGGUCGAGGAGUCGGCCGAAGAAGAGGCCAUGGCUGAUGACCCCUCGGCCACAGGGAAGAGACGUGUCCUGCGGUGGGCUAGCUCCGGCGAGCCGGUCCGGCCCAGCAGGACCGCGCAACGGCAACGUGUCCAGGAGCAGUCCGUGCGCCAGACGAGGGUCGCGGCGACGAAGACCGUGGCAGCGAAGAAGGCGGUGAAGGCCCCAGUAGCGAAGAAAAAGGCGGUCACUUCCUCCUCGUCCAAGCGGUGCCGGACCCCAUCCUCUUCUCCUCCUCCCUCGGAUAGCACCUCGGAGGGACACGGAGACGUUAUCCCAGAGGUUGGCAAAGAGGACCAGGGCCUCAACGGCCGACAAGCCCCCGGCAAGCACUUCGCGCACGCCGAAGUUGACCCUCCCUCGCUGGACCAGGAGGAUAUUGAUACCGUCAUCAAGGAGGUCGCCAAGGACACCGAGGCCGAGGACGACAAGAUUGCUGCCGAGGAGGCUGCCAAGACCGUCGCUGAAGAGGCCACCAAGGGGCCUGCCGGGGAGGUCGGCAAGGCUGCUGCCGAAGAGGCUGGCAAGGCUGUUGCCGAGGUGGCCGGCAAGGGGCCUGCCGGGGAGGAGAUGGCUGACGACCUACCUUCCUCCCCUAUAGCCCCUGUCCUGGGCAAGUACUUGAAGGUGGGCAACGACCUGUUCGUCCACCUCCCAGGGACAGCGAGCACCAGGGCACCAGCCGAGGGGGAGGUGUUCGAUGAUGAGGCGCUCGCCACCACUGGGCUCCAGGUUGUCGAUGAACCGAGCGCUAGCGGUGGCGGUUCCCAAGAGGAGCAGCUUCUCCGGGCCAUGAGUGUCAACUUCCAGAAGCUCCAGGCGCUCCAUCGUGCCCGCCUAGACAAGGCGAAAUCCAGGAUGGCAGUAGCGGACAAGGCGGAGGCGGAUCUUGAGGAGCGCGUCGCUCAGACGCAGGCCUGGUUCCGUGAAGCUCGGGAAGAACUGAAGGCUUCCCAGGACGAGUUGGCUGAGCGCAAACGAGAGCUCAUCCUGAAGCAGGCUGAUGUCGAGAAGGCCCAGGAGGUGGCAAAGGAGCAGGAGGAGGACCUUGCCAUCCGUGAGGAGGCGCUCACUGCCACACUCCGCGGCAAGGAUGAAGAGAUCGGGCAGAUCGUCGUGCAGCGGACUCAGGAGCUGGAGCAGAGGCAGAAGGAGGAACUCGAUGCUCAGGCGAUAGUCCAUGCCGGCAAGGUGAAGGAGCUGGAGCUGGAGUGGGAGGAGCUGAAGAAGAGAGUCUUGGCACUGACAGAGGAGAGGGACACGGCCAACCGCACUCUGGCGGAUGCGUAG